AUGACCCGGAACGCGCGGCUGGCGAUGCUCGCAGCGGCCGGCUGGCCUCUCUCUGAGCUGCUCCGAGGGGGCCGAGCCCCCUCCGUCCUGAAUGGAGGGCUCGGCGACGGCCCGGUCCCCUUCACCCUUGUGCUCGCGGCGGGCGCCGCCGCCUACGAGUUGAGCGCCAACGAGCUCUUCAACGGCCGGCUCGCCAUGCUCGCCAUCACCGGCUUCGCGGCCCAGGAGUUCCUAUGGGGCACGCCGGUCGUCGAGCAGACGCCAUUCUUCUUUGGGCGUUGA